AUGUCCGACGCCGCGGACGUGGACCUCGAUAGCGAGCAGCGUUCGAACCUGAUCAAGCUUGCUGCGGAUGGAUACCUCGAGUCCCAUUCCGUGCACGCCAAGCCCGGCGAAAAAGCGAGCGCUGUGCCCGAUCGUGUGGCGCAAGCGGUGACGCCCGACGACGCAUCGCGUAUCGCGCUCACGGCAGAUAACCUCGGGCAGAUUCCCGAGGCGGAGCAGCUUGCGCCAGGCAUCCGGCUGCCUGAGCAUGUGAUGAACGAGUCGCAGCGGCUUUCUACGCAGGCCGAGGCGCCGCCGCCGCUGAGCGAUCACCAUCCGCACAGCGCGCACCCCGGCAUGCCUCCCGAGCUCGACCCCCGCACCCCCGUCUUUCGCCCCUGCCGCCCCAGCGCCGGCUCCGUCUUUUCCGUUGCUGUGCAGCCGGGCUCGCCCCGCAGUGUCGCCGCCGAUCUCGCCGAUAAGCACGAGGCGCACAAGCCCGAUUCGCCUCCCUAUACCUAUUCUACGCAUACGGGCUCGCCGCCGAGCGACCUGGCCUACUCGUCGCGGGCUACGACGCCGGUGCACUCUGCCGGGCGCUCGGGCAGCGCGGCCGCGCAGCACAGCACCGGGCGCACCGCGAGCAUCGCCGACAGCGAGGCCGGGAGCGUCGUGAGCGACCUGAGCAGCAGCGCCUACUCGGGCGACGUCCGCGAGCAGGAGCUUGCGAUUGAGCGCCAGCGCAUGCGCGAGCGCGAGCUCAUGGGCGGUGAGACGGGCAUCGGCGGCCCGGUGCCGAUCCCGUUCGCCCGCCUCCAGGACAACCUCGGCCAGCUGCGCAACUCGCAGUCGUAUCGCUCAAUGAGCACCGCCGCAACGGUCGCCACCUCGCCCUCGACGUCUGUGCGGGGCAGCGACUGCGACCACUCGGUCUCGCCCUCGCGGCGGUCGACGACCAGCGCAGGCGAUUCGCUCCUUUGGGAGGAGCCUUCGGUGGGGCUCAGCACACCGUCACGUGAAUAG